GGUGUGCUCGUUGUAUCUAAGCAGGAUGGUUUUAUUUUCGACGGUCCUUGAAUGCAGCACGGAGGCAGCGCGGGAUUGCGCGAGCGCCCUCCUCCUCCCUCCUCCUCGCGCCUCGCCGCGCGUGUGCCCGCCGGUGAGGGCGCGCGCACGGGAGGUGGCGGGGGGUUGUGCUCGCUCCUGCUCUCUCUGCUCUCUGACCCCAGUGGCAGCUCCGACUCACUGCACUCCGGCUCCCCCUCCGUCGGACCGAGGCUGCUCUCUCUCUCUCCCCCGUUGUCUGUCAGUGUCUCUCGCCCUGCUCUCCGGCUCUCUCCCCCUCGCUCUCUUGUCUGGUUUCUUUCCACAGGAGCCAGCCGAGGUCCCGCCGGGUCGAAGGUUCUGCCCUAUCCGCCCAGACUGCCGCAACCCCCGGACGGCCGCGUUCGAACUACCCGCUCUCCUGCUGCUGCCGCAUGGACCCGCGUCCCUCCGCCGCUGCUGCUGCCGCCGCCGCCGCCGCCGCGUAGAGGGCGACCCCGACCCGACACUCUUUCUCCGGCCAGAUAAAAACGCACAAAAACCCCACACGACGAAGACUGCAGUGUGUCGUGGUCGUGUCAGUCGGCCGGGUCGCUGCUGCUGCUCCUGCUGCCGCUGCUGCUGCUGGGAGACUUCCUGGGCUUCUUGAGCAGCUCUGAAGGAUGACCGCUGCACGGCUCGCUGCUGAAUCCCGGUGAACGAACGGCGUCUCAUGUCCAAACGGCGGAAGGAUGGCUCAUGGCAAAGUGACCAUCACGGUGGACGAGUACAGCUCCAACCCCACACAGGCCUUCACACACUACAACAUCAACCAGAGCCGCUUCCAACCUCCACAUGUCCACAUGGUGGACCCCAUUCCUUAUGACACUCCCAAGCCAGCAGGACACACCAGGUUUGUGUGUGUGUCAGACACACACUCGCGUACAGACGGCAUCCAGAUGCCCUACGGCGACGUGCUGCUACACAUGGGUGACUUCACCGAGCUGGGCCUGCCCUCCGAGGUUAAGAAGUUCAACGACUGGCUAGGUGGCCUCCCGUACGAGUUUAAGGUGGUGAUCGCUGGAAACCACGAGCUGACCUUUGAUAAGGACUUUAUGGCCGAGCUGGUCAAGCAGGAUUACUACCGAUUCCCCUCAGUGUCCAAACUGAAACCAGAGGACUUUGACAAUGUCCAGUCGCUCCUCACAAACUGUGUGUACCUGCAGGACUCGGACGUCACCAUAAAGGGAUUCCGGAUAUACGGGGCGCCAUGGACUCCGUGGUUUAACGGCUGGGGGUUUAACCUGCCUCGGGGUCAGUCUCUGCUGGAUAAAUGGAACCUCGUCCCUGAAGGCAUCGACAUCCUGAUGACCCACGGACCUCCUCUCGGUUUCCGAGACUGGGUUCCUAAGGAGCUGCAGCGAGUCGGCUGUGUGGAGCUGCUCAACACGGUCCAGAAGAGGGUGCGACCCAAACUUCAUGCCUUCGGAGGCAUACACGAAGGCUACGGGAUCAUGACAGACGGCUACACGACGUUCAUCAACGCGUCAACCUGCACCGUCAGCUUCCAGCCCACCAACCCCCCCAUCGUGUUCGACCUGCCCAACCCCUCCAGCUCCUGAGACCAGAGGACGGGGGUGGGGAGGGUCACGGGCUCGAGAAACUACUUUUUUUCUAUAAAUAUGUCAAGUUUAAAAAAAAAAAUCUAAGUGUUUCUUUGCAAACUUUUGGUCUUCUCCAAGCUGUUGUUGAGAUUGAGAAGAUUUGGAGACGUGGGACGGGGUGGGGAGUUUGUCGGGGAGGGUUAAAGGAGAAUACCGGUGUUAUUUUCUUUUCUUUUUUCUUAUUGUGCCAACAGUGCUGGUUUCCCUCUGAGAGUUUGUUGUUCUACACACAGUCAGUGCAGUUGCAGAUAUCAGGAUUUGUUUUUCAAGAAUGUUUUUCCGUCUGAAAAACAACUGCCUCAAAGCGAGAUAAUCCCCGCAGAAACUUUGUCCUGAUUUCGUCAUGCAGAGUUCAGCAUUUUUACAUCAACGCUACUUAACGUUAAGCACCUGACAGUAACGGGAAGAAAUGGAAACUUCAUCAAAGAAAUAAUCUUUUAAAAUAUACAUUGCCUGCAGAAUAGACAAGAGCCAUGAUGUAAGGUGAUUUUUUUUGAUCAUUCACGUUAUUUUUCAACAUAACUAGCUCAUUUUCUUGAGAUCACAAAUCAGUAUUUUGGGGGUUUACAGGAAAAAACAUUUCUGACUUUAUUUCUUUUUGUUUAUUUUUGUGGUCACAAAAGUUACAACUUCAUGAUCAGAGAGAAACAAAACACAUGGAAUAAUUUCCACUCUUGUCCUCUCUCAUUACCAUCACAUCUGCAUGUUUUUGUUAAUUGCCAUUUUUGUUAAAAACAUAAAUAAAUAAAAAGGAUUAAAAAAAAAGAACAUGAAUUAAUGUCAGAAUAAGUAUGCAAUGCAAAAUUAAUUUAGGGGGCAUGUUUAACUGAGCUACGAGUGACGCCGGUAUUCUCCUUUUGUCAGAGGGAUUUUGUGGUUAAACAAUCUUGCUCUUGAUAAAUAUUGGUCAGAUCUGUAAGAUAAAUGAUGCUUUGUGAAUUUGUACAAUUUCUUUGUGUUUGGUUUGCAUUGGCCGGACAAUGGAUGCCAUUGUUUUAUGUUGUAUCAUCUGAUAUUUUGUGUUUAGGUCUUUUUUUUUUCUUUUUUUUCUCGUCAGUUCCUCUUUUCUUAUUGGCUGACAGGGACGCUGCCUUAAACUAGCUUUAAUGUUCUCAGCUAGAGCCCCACUCUCUGCGAGCUCAGAGAAAAGUCCUUAUUUAUUAUCCCGCAAAACAACACCUGACUAACGCAGGGACAGGAAGCUAUCAAAUUACAGCCCGAAAAAUUAACUUUGUACCAUCGCAUUAUGGAUUUCUGAUCUAAUUUGGAAAAUGUAUGUUAUAAAAUAUAUAAAUAUAUAUAUUAUAUAUUCAUGUUGUAAAACAUCUGUACUAAAAGUUGUGUUUGACAAAAAAAAAUGGUGCAUUUUUUUUUCUGUAUGCACCUGUAUAAUUGACUUGUUUCUUUAAUGCUCCCAUCAGACGCUCUUUCUUUAAUGUUUUUUGUAUCGACUCUCCCAGUAGGGUAGACAUUCAUUUGGAUGAGAGAGGAAAAUUUGUCAGAGUCACAAUCUAACAGGUGCUGGUUGUUCCCAACAACACGCCUGCCUAAACCUGGUAAAGUUGUCCUUUAAAGUGUAAAUCUGAUAGUAUUUGUGUUUUAUUGCUUUCUUUUUCUAAUUUUGCACUGUGUGUAAAUGCAAUCUUGCUAGCACAAAAAAAAUGUUGCCAAUAGUUGUCUCAACUUUGCCGCUGUAAAUGCUCUUUCCGUGCUCUGUUCCUCUCUCGCUCUUUCUCUGAUUGUAUCCCUCUUCAUGGAAAUGUUAGUUCUCUCUUUCAGUUCAUUGUGAUAUAUUUAGCUGCCUUUAUAUGCAAAUAAAAUUGCAAGAUUUUUACUUAUGGA